GUUCCCAAUGUCCAGCCGGUGGCCCUGAUCACCAGCCCAGAGGACUCGCAGCACUAUGAGGAGGCCAGGCAGUGUGUGGAGGAGCUGGCCCUCUACCUCAAACCCCUCAGCAACACCAGAGGUAACACGCGCACACAGAGUGUUGAACCAACUCUGACUCUGGACAAUGAUGACAAUAUUAUAAAUAAUUACCAAUUCAUGAAUCACAAUAACUGUUUGCUAAAAUAUUACUUGCUUGCCAAAUAUUUUUGUAAUGGCAAUCCUGGUUAUAGGUAACAAUCCUAAGCAUGAACUGCCUACAUUAUUACACAUAUUAUUUGUUAAUUGUGGAAUUUAAGAUACACAUUUUUCAUAACUAUGUAAUACGAUCGAGGUGAGGGUGAUGGAAAUGCUUUUGGCGGUUUAUCUGCAUCUGUUCUGUGGGUGGCACUCUGUGCUCUUUUUUUAAGGAUUGGUCCCGGUCUCUCGGGGUUCUGGGGGGACGGGGUGGUCUGCCGGGUCACUGGGAGGACAACCCAACUUGGGAUGGGGUUUUAGCAGGUGGAAUAGUGGAGAACAAUUGGAGAUUUACUUAGUAGCAAUGUGAAUAUCAUGGUACAGCUAUAUGGACAUUCAAUCAUUAUGGUACAUUUUAAUAGUAAGUUUACAAACAUAUAUUAUGAUAAUAGAAUUGGAACUUGUAUCUCAUUAUGGUGAAAUAAUGUAAUGCCUUAGCAGAUGAUAAAAGUAUUUACCUGGCUAAAAGAGAAGGAAUAUAAUAUCUAUUGUUUACAUUAAACUCAUUCAACAAUUUAUGUUGAAAUAUAUUUCUCCGAUUGGCAAAGAAAUUGAAAAGGGGUGAUGAUAUUAACAGUAAUUUUGAUCCGAAUGUGCUAAUUGUCCAAACAGAUCUGCAAGGUAAAUUUAUUAUUUUAAAUAUAUUAUUUGGCCAUAAACAGAUUGUGCUCAUUAAUCUAUACGGUCCAAAUAAUGAUCCACGCUUCUUUGAAAAUGUAUAUAGUAAUUUAUCAAACCUACAAGCAAUACAAUACUCUAUUAUGAUGGGAGAUAAUUAUACGGUUUUGAAUACCUCAAUGGACAGUAAAGCAAAUCACACUACAAAAUAUCACCCUCAUGCACUUAAGGAAAUCACAAAUAUCAUGGAUAUAUUGUAACUAGUGGAUAUAUGGAAGCUUAAAUAUCCUGACCUAGUGAGAUAUACAUGGCGGAGGCUCAGUCAAGCUAGUCGUCUUGACUACUUCCGUAUGUCAUUCUCGCUGGAACCAAAAGUAAAAAAAAAAAGUGUUGAUGGGGACAGAACGCAUUUCGGACCAUCAAAUAAUUGGCAUAUACAUUACUCUUACAGAAUUUCCACAUGGGCGAGGGUAUUGGAAAUUCAAUCAAAGCCUAUUGGAUGAUAACUUUGACAGAAUAAUUUAUAACUGACUUUUUCCGACAUAACAAAGAUAAUGCAGAUCUCCUUAUUGUAUGGGACGUGUUUAAAUGUGCCUUUAGAGGUCAUGCAAUUUAAUACAAAUGCACCAAAUUAUUUUUUAAAUCUUCAACAUAGAAAAGCUACCAAAAAUAAUUUACUGAAACUUGUUACAAAUGCCACCCAUGAUUCACCAAACAAUAUUUUGAAAGAGGAAGCAAAGUACUUUAAGCAUAUGUUUUCUAUGUAAGGUCCCACAGUUGACUGUGUAUGUCAGAGCAAAAACCAAGCCAUGAGGUCGAAGGAAUUUUCCGUAGAGCUCCGAGACAGGACUGUGUUGAGGCACAGCUCUGGGGAAGGGUGGCAAAAUAAUUCUGCAGCAUUGAAGGUCCCCAAGAACACAGUGGCCUCCAUCAUUCUUAAAUGGAAGAAGUUUGGAACCACCAAGACUCUUCCUAGAGCUGGCCGCCCGGCCGAACUGAGCAAUUGGGGGAGAAGUGCCUUGAUCAAGGAGUUGACAAAGAACCCUAUGGUCACUCUGACAGAGCUCUAGAGUUCCUCUGUGGAGAUGGGAGAACCUUCCAGAAGGACAACCAUCUCUGCAGCACUCCACCAAUCAGGCCUUUAUGGUGGAGUGGCCAGACGGAAGCCACUCCUCAGUAAAAGGCACCUGACAGCCUGCUUGGAGUUUGCCUAAAGGCACCUAAAGGACUCAGACCAUGAGAAACAAGAUUCUCUGGUCUGAUGAAACCAAGAUUGAACUCUUUGGCCUGAAUGCCAAGUGUCACGUCUGGAAGAAACCUGGCACCAAUCCUACAGUGAAGCAUGGUGGUGGCAGCAUGCUGUGGGGAUGUUUUUCAGCGGCAGGGACUGGGAGACUAGUCAGGUUCGAAGGAAAAUGAACGGAGCAAAAUAGAGAUCUUUGAUUGAAAACCUUCUCCAGAGCGCUUAGGACCUCAGACUGGGGUGAAGGUUCACCUUCCAAAAGGACAACGACCCUAAGCACACAGCCCAGACAACGCAGGAGUGGCUUCGGGGCAAGUCUCUGAAUGUCCUUGAGUGGCCCAGCCAGAGCCUGGACUUAAACCCGAUUUGAACAUCUCUGGAGAGACCUGAAGUUAUCUGUGCAGCAAUGCUCCACAUCCAACCUGAUAGAGCUUGGGAGGCUCUGCAGAGAAUAAUGGGAAAAACUCCCCAAAUACAGGUGUGCUAAGCUUGUAGCAUCAUACUCAAGGAAACUUGAGGCUGUAAUCACUGCCAAAGGUGCUUCAACAAAGUAUUGAGUAAAGGGUCUGAAUACUUAUGUAAAUGUCAUAUUUCUAAAAACCAGUUUUUUUGCUUUGUCAUUGUGUGUAGAUUGAUGAUGAGGGUGAAAAAACUAUUCAUUCAAUUUCUGAAUAAGGCUGUAACGUAACAAAAUGUGGAAAAAGUCAAGGGGUCUGAACACUUUCCAUGUCUACUUAGUAUGUCUAAGCUGGAAGUAGAAGCCCAAGUGUUGUUGUCCAUUAGUUUACUCCAAUUAGGGGAGGAGUUGUAGGUUUAGGGAAAAUAAUAAAGGAAAAUAUAUUUAAAAGAGAUUAUAUGAUUAUUAUUUUUUUAACAAAAUAAAUGCGGUAUUGGAAAUGAUGCGGACAAUUACAUUGAUGGAAGCUACAAUCUAUCUGCAAUAAAACAUUUAAUUAAAAACAUUUCAUGGUGUCUCUCUCUCUUCCCCCCCCCAACCUCCUUCCCUUCCUCCCUCCGUCUCUCACCAGGGGUGGGUCUGAGCAGCACGACCCUGAGUAUGCUGAGUCGACCCAUGCAGAGGAAGCUGGUGACCCUGGUCCACUGUCAGCUGGUGGAGGAGGAGGGCCGGGUGCGGGCCAUGAGGGCAGCCAGGUCUCUGGGGGAGCGCACGGUCACAGAGCUCAUCCUGCAGCACCAGAACCCCCAGCAAUUGUCGUCCAAUUUGUGGGCCGCCGUCCGGGCCAGGGGCUGCCAGUUCUUGGGCCCAGGUAGGAUGAGAUUAAGUUUACACACACACACCCGCCUUGACUAUACCAGCAUUUCUCAAACCUCUCCUCGGAGACCCCUAGCCAUUCCAUUUUCCAGUUCAUCUACUCCGUAGCAAACUCCCAGAUCAUCCAGAACUAAUCCUCAAGCUCUUGACUAGUUGAAUCACUGCUAGUUCAGGACGACAGCAAAUGUGUGAAACAUCUGGGGGUCCCCAAGGAUAGGUUAGAGAAACGUUGUCUUAUACAAUGACAUUUACUAGUUUAAAUGUUUGUAUGUUGUCAAACUUGCAUAAAUGUCUUCUCAAAUGCUGUGGGUGUGCUUGUGGUCUAAACCCACUCGUGUUCUCCCUCCCAGCCAUGCAGGAGGAGGCUUUGAAGCUGGUGCUGCUGGCUCUGGAGGAAGGCUCAGCCCUGUCCAGGAAGGUCCUGGUACUGUUUGUGGUCCAGCGGCUGGAGCCACGCUUCCCCCAGGCCUCCAAAACCAGCAUAGGCCACGUGGUGCAACUCCUUUACAGGGCCUCCUGCUUUAAGGUAGGUCUGACUCUACCUACACACCCAAACACACAUACACCGUUCUAAGAGCUGGUUCUUGUUCAUUUGGCGCAAAGCGGAAGAAAGCGGUCACAAAACGGAGUGAAAUGGAGAGGUACCAUCUAAAGUUCUCCAAUAAGAAACACUUUUGUUUUCCGUUGCAUAGUGUUUUGGAACGUUUGCUUCAGUGUGCUCCAAUGAAUAUGACCCAGCAUAGGACACGUGGUUCACAAACAUGUUUUGGGCUAUGACCUCCCUAAAAUUCUGUAACCAAUCAGUAGAUCCUGACCCAAUAUUUUUCGGGAACUCUAACCUAGGUGACCAAGCGUGACGAGGACUCGUCGCUGAUGCAGCUGAAGGAGGAGUUCCGGACGUACGAGGCACUGCGGCGCGAACACGACUCCCAGAUUGUCCAGAUCGCCAUGGAGGGCGGCCUCCGCAUCGCCCCUGACCAGUGGUCCUCCCUGCUCUACGGGGACCAGUCACACAAGUCCCACAUGCAGUCCAUCAUCGACAAGGUAUCUGUGUGUCUCUAUGUGUGUCUUCGACAAGGUGUCUGCGUCUGUUUGCGUCUAUAUGUUACUAGUCCUAGAAGUAGCUGUCACAUACGUCGUACAGUCCAUUAUCAACAAGGUGUUUGAGUCAGUUACACAUUCACAAAAAUCCCACAUUCACUCAUGUAAACAUCUACUUAUCAGUUUGUGUAUUUGUCUAUAUAACCGUCUGUGUGCACACAUGAAACCACAAAAUAGCCAUUGUAAUAAUCUUCCACUAAAGGAGCACCACUCUGAUCCUUCACAAUAGAAAACAUGUUAUUUCAAACAAUGCUGAUAAGAUAAAGCAGAACAGGAAUGAUCAUAUCCACUCAAAAACUGGUAGAAAAUCCAGGUUCAGGCACUCAAAUGCUGAUAGGAUUUACAUUAAUAUCCCGUGUCUCCCCCCCCCUAGUUGCAGACGCCGGCUUCGUUUGCCCAGAGCGUCCAGGAGUUGACCAUCGCCCUGCAGAGGACGGGCGACCCCGCCAACCUUAACCGCCUUCGACCACACCUGGAGCUCCUGGCCAACAUCGACCCUAGCCCCGGUGAGAGAGACACACGCUGGCUCGCAUGCACAUUUACACACCCCAAUCAGGGCUAAAGCUUGAGAAUUAUGCAUGCAACAGAAGAUGGUAUUCGAACCACAGACGCACCAGGGCUGCCUUUCUGCAUUCAAAAUUGUUCUCUAACUCUUCUGUUUUUGUGUUGUCCGCAUUAUGGGACUAAAUGGCUGAAAGCAUUACCAGGAACUUGGCCGAGCUAUUGCAUUCCCCUUUUCGGUCCCAUCAAAUCCUCGAAGGGCAGGGAACAAGGGCAUAGGGGAGGGAGUUAUCUCAAACGUUCUCGAAUUAAAUGCAGCCCAGUACUUUCCAUUAGUUAAGUGGUAAAGAAUCAAUCAAUCAGUGUAGAACAGGUUGGUUGUGUUUGUGAGCUGCACGUGGAUAUAGUCAGGGAGAAGGAGAAGUUGUCCAAUGUUAUCAUAUUGAUUCAAAUAGGCAUGACUCAUUGGCCCUUAUGACUCAUCUCAAACAUGGGUUUUGACUAUCUGUCAUUCCAAUCAUGGUUAAGUACCAUUUCAUUGACUCACUUUUGUUUAAGAGCCCUUUAAGCAGUAACCUAUGUAUGAAAGAUAGGGAGUGUAGGCAGCACAAUUCAGAUCUUUUGCCAAUUAUUUGCAUAUCUGGUACCUAUCUGAUAUUUUUCCUCAUGUUUAACCACAUGAUUUAUUCCACCUGCAUAUGUGGAUCUAAAUCCUGAUACAAACCCGAUCCUCCAUUUGCGACCUCUGUCUGCACGCUCAGAUAAGAUCAUUUUGCUCUGAAGUGUUUUUGUUGUUCUUUGCACAUGACCUGUCGUUACCAUGACAACAGUGACAGGAAAUGAGAUUUGCAUCGGUGUGCUACUUCAGAGGAUACAUCAGUGUGAAUGUGCAAAUCUGAUAUGGGUCACAUGUAAAUCUGAGUGUGGACAGUCAGAAAAAAAGAUUGGAUAUGGAAAGAAAAUCAGAUUUGGGUUCUUAGUGGCUGUGUAAACACAGCCGUAUUGUCAUAUGUGUGUGUGACCCCUCUUUUUUCAGUCAGCUUUCUUAUUACUUUAACUAGGCUAGUACUGAUAGAGAGAAGACCUGUGUUCUAUCAGGUGGGGUCUAUAUAAGGGCAUAACAUUUACUUUUUGGUCCACAAGCUGCUGUGGCAGGUAGAUUUAAAAAAUCUACCAGCCACUCAGAUUUUUAACCAGAUAUUUUCCCACUAAAAUUACACCAACACAAAAAGAUGGCGGAUGAGCAAGCUUUGUAAUGUUUCUAAAACAAUACAUGUAUUACUAGUAAGAAGUAAUGUGGUAUAUUGAUUAAUAAAAAAAUGUGACCUAAGUCUUUUAACCAAAAUAUGACGGAUGAGACAAAUGUUCACCUGCCCCUUUAAGGGCAGAAGGUUACCGUGGUAACGCGGCUCAUGUUUGUGCCUGUGAGAUUGAAUCUGACUAGUAGAAGGGUUGUCUUCCCUUCCCUAACAGUUGAAACUCAAACAUAGAAAAAUAACUUGGCUUGUGAACAAAACAAUGUAAAUAAAAUAAAUAAAAAUGAAUCUUUCGCUCAGCUCUAAACGUGUGCACAGCUGCCAGCGAGGCAGUGUUGCAGCGUGAGGUGGAAUAGGCUGUAUAGGAUUCGUAGUUCUUUGACUUUUGUGCGAUUUAAUUUACCAGCUAUGAAAUAUAUAUAUAUAUAUAUAUAUAUAUAUAUAUAUAUAUAUAUACACACACACACACAGUGGGGAGAACAAGUAUUUGAUACACUGCCGAUUUUGCAGGUUUUCCUACUUACAAAGCAUGUAGAGGUCUGUAAUUUUUUAUCAUAGGUACACUUCAACUGUGAGAGACGGAAUCUAAAACAAAAAUCCAGAAAAUCACUGUAUGACUUUUAAGUAAUUAAUUUGCACCCUCUGGGUCUCUAGAUGCCCCCCCUCCCACGUGGGAGCAGCUGGAGAAGGGUCUGGUGGCGGUGAAGACGGUGGUCCACGGCCUGGUGGACUUCAUCCAGAACCACAGCAAGAAGGGAGCUGACCCACAGCAGGUACCAUAGCUCACCCUCCGGCUCACUAUGGCUGAUCACUCUACAGCAGCCUUAAAGUAUGAGUCACGACCCAAAGUGGGACGCGACAUGCCAGAGAAAAUAAUAUAUAUACAUUGCCUUCAGAAAAUAUUCAUACCCCUUGACUUAUUCCACAUUUUGUUGUGUUACAGAUUUUGAACUUCUGAGUGAUAGGAACCUUUUUUAUCCUAAAACACUCCCCAGUCCUUAUCGAUUACAAGCAUACCCAUAACAUGACUCAACCACCACCACGCUUGAAAAUAUGGAGAGUGGUACUCAAUAAUGUGUUUUAUUGGAUAUGCCCCAAACAUAAUACUUUGUAUUUAGGACAAACAGUGAAUAUCGAUGCCACAUUUUUUGCAGUAUUACUUUAGUGCUUUGUUGCAAACUGGAUGCAUGUUUUGGAAUAUAUAUCUAAAGUGUAAUUAAUAACCUCACCAUGCUCAAAGGGAUAUUCGAUGUCCUUUCUACUAAUUGGUGUGCCCUUCAUUGCAAGGCAUUGGAAAACCUCCCAGGUCUUUGUGGUUAAAUCUGUUUGGAAUUCACUGCUCGACUGAGGGACCUUACAAUUAUCUGUAUGUGUGGGGUACGGAGAUGAGGUAGUCAUUCAAAAACAUAUUAAACACUAUGCAACUUAUUAUGUGACAUGUUAUGCACAUUUUUACUUCUGAACUUAUUUAGGCUUGCCAUAACACAGGGGUUGAAUACUUAUUGACUCAAGACAUUUCAGCUUUUCAUUUGUAAGUAAUUUGUAAAAAUGGAGGAACAUAAUUCCACUUUGACGUUAUGUGUGUAGGCCAGUAACAAAAUCUAAAUGUAAUCAAUAUAAAAUUCAGGCUGUAACACAACAGAAUGUGGAAAAAGUCAAGGGGUGUGGCUACUUUCUGAAGGUACUGUAUAGAGUAAUAGAAAUGUCGCUUUUAGGUGCAACGUUCCAAAAUGUAAUGUACAUCCCAAUUUUACUAUAGAUUGCCCUUUCAAGUUUCAAAUAUGUGACAAAACUGACAUUGGCAAAAAUGGAUGUGAUAUGCAUAGGUGUUUCAAAAUCUACUUCUCACUAUGAGGCCAAUAGUGACUUUAAAACAGUUAGAGUUUAAUGACUGUGAUAGGAGAAACUGAGGAUGGAUCAACAACAUUGUAGUUACUCCACAAUACUAACCUAUUUGACAGAGUGAAAAGAAGGAAGCCUGUAGAGAACAAAAAUAUUCCAAAACAUGGAUCCUGUUUGCAACAAGGCACUAAAGUAAUACUGCAGAACAUCUCAAUUUAAUUCAUUUUGAAUUCAGGCUGUAACACAAUGUGGAAUCUUUCUGAAGGCACUAGGUUUCCAUCCAAUUAGGGACAGAUUUUCAGGCAAAUAAUCUAAAAUAUGCAUAUUUUCCCACCAGUGGUGUGUUUCCACCAAACGGACUUGUUGCGUAUAUAAAUCAGUAUGUGAUGAUGUAGUGCACACAAUGUACUUUUUUACUUCAUUUUUCAUGUACUGAAUACAAAUCUAAAGUGCAAUGUGUUUCCAUCGCAUUUUCAACUCUACUGAUAGUUUUGUCACAAACUGUUGCGUUAAAUAGCAAAUGUGCCUACUCUGGUCUUGGCACUUGUGCUCUAGCCCACAGCUCGCCGAUACAGUGCAGGUAGGCUAGUCUACACGAUGAGGUUAUUAUGGGUAAGAGUGAGAAUAUUUGUAUUUGUCAAACGGCAGUUAAGCAUCGAUCAUCAUGUCACCAGAAUAAAACUCUAUUUAUUGGAAGUUCAUAACUUAUUUAAUCUGCAGCCUAAUAAACUACAUGGUUUCCCGAGUCGUAGUGUGAGGACCACACACCAUAUUAUCGCGUGACUCCAAGUUUACUUCGAUAUGAUGGUUAUUAUAACAAUAUAUGCGCAUAAAUGCAUUUCCACUGCCAUUUCUCACAAAAAGAUCCCACCAUGUCGAACAAACAAAUUAUCUGUGGCAUGUAUAAAAUUCUACGGAAACUUCCUGUUUCCAUCACAGCUGUCGCAUAAAAACUGUGACUGGAAACGUGGUUACUCUAACACAUUUUUCUCUCUCUUCAGCCCCCCCAGCACAGUAAGUACAAGACUUACAUGUGUCGGGAUAUGAAGCAGAAGGGAGGCUGUCCCCGAGGAGCCAGCUGUACCUUCGCCCACUCUCAGGAGGAGCUGGAGAAGUAAGUCUCCUUCAGAAAUAUAAACACAACCACCACCCUUUUGAUUGAAAUGGAAUGGCACAAACUCUGCCCUCUUUCCCAUUUAAAUCAAAACACCUAAACAUAUUCUGCUCUGAUAACCUCAUUCUGAGUUUGAUAGUUAUCAUUUGUAUGCCACGGUUUUAAAACUUCUUCCCCUUGGUGUAGAUAUUUGUAUUUUAAAAUCUACAGUAGGAUAACUUUUCUGUUUUAUAGCUACUGUAAAAUUACUGUAUUUUGUGUUUAUAGCAAGCCACCAAGGCCAGAAGUAUAACUAUUUUCUGUUCGUAGGUACCGUAAAAUGAACAAGCGUUUGGUAGCUCGCCUCCCCGGCUCAUCUGGCCUGCUGUCUGACGACGGACUCUCUCUGGACGUGGGGGUGACCCGGAAACCCUCGCCCCUCACCAACGGCUCAGCCGUACCCUCCAUGCCCCAGCUCAUCGCUCGUGGCACUGACCUCGUGACCUACAACCUGUUGCGCAAGCCCAAGAUGGACGGUGGGAGCAACAGCGCCCCGGGAUCGCCCCCUGACUCGUAAGUGGGAAACCCCUCCUUUCAGCCAACCUUAUAUCUAUUUGGUUAAUCUGUUUUGUAACAGAAGAAAAUGUGUGUUUUUAGCAACAACAAAAAAAGUUAAAUAAACAUUUGUUUUAAUUGAUGCAAAAACUUGAUUGAUUCAUGUAGCAUUGUAUCCAGCACUCUCACUCUGUUUUUCUAUCCUCAGUCUGGACUCUGGGCCCAAACAAGGGUACCCCCAUGCCAUGGGCUACUCCAGGGGGCCAGGCGACCACAUGUCCAUGCCCAAACAGAUGCCCGGUAGCGUGGUGCCCCAGAUAUACCCCCAGCAGCAGCUACCUGAGAUGUACUACUCCGACUCUCGCCCCCCGCCCUCUGCUUCGCAGUACGAGCCCUCGCAGUAUCCCCAAGGUGAGGCUGCUAAACGCUUGUUUUCUACUGUUGAAACAUUUUGAUGUUUCUAUGUCGUGUUUUUACUUUCAAUCAAAUGCCUCUGAAAGUUAUGAGUGCGUUCAAUGAUGAUUGCGUUUUGAACAUAUGAUAUUGCUCAAUGACCAAUAUUAAACAAAAAAGUGUGAAGAAAAUCAACAUGUCAACAUUUCCCCCUCGCCUCACAGGUUACCCCUACCAGCAGCCCCCCCAGUACGCCCCCCAGCGCUACAUCCGCAACCCCCCUCCCCCCGGCGACCCCGCCGGACCCCCCUACCAGGACCACGGCUACGGCCCACCCGAUCGCCCUUACCCGGCCCCCCACUCGGGCCCUCCCUUUUCCUACCCUCCCCCACCCCACUAUGACACCCGGGGCCGCCACGGUCCUUACCCCGGCCCCCCUCCUCCCCCCCAGCCCUACCCCUCGCAGAGGGACGACAUGGUCCGGAUGAGCCCCGCGCCCCUGGAAGGGCCCCCCUACCACCAGGAGCAGGCUGCCAGGGAGAGGUUCCCCCCAGAGGGAUACUACCCACCGGUGGCCCAGCCCCAAACCAUGAGAACCUACGUCAGGGUAAGUUUGGUUCCUUCACAGUGGUCAGCAACACUGGUCCCGGAGAGUUACAAGGUAAAUAGGCUUUUGGUCCAGGCCAGCAGUAAAACCUUAUUCAACCAGUCCAAGGUCUUGAUGAGCAGUUGAUCACUUGAAUCUGGGUGUGUUAGCACUGGGCUCAGCAAAAAGCUAGCAAACCAUUUAUCACUCCAGGUUGGUGACCAUUGGUGAACAUACACACUGACUACUAUGCAGUUAUUGUCUUAUGACUCAUAAGCUAUGAGCUGCAUCUCCCUCGAGUUAUACAUUUAUGUCGUUAGAAGUUGUCCAGAAGAUGAUGAUGGUGUGCAUUUUUAUAUGUGUGGCACUAAUCAAGAAAAAAAAGAUAUACUGUAUAUAGUUUAGUGUCAUUAUGGAAAUAUUGAGUAGUUGUCUCAUGAACUGUGUCCCGAGGUGAGUUAACGAGGCCGCUCCUCCCAGCCCACCCUGGACUACCUGUACUUUAAAUGUAAUUGUAACUAAUCAUUAUAAAUGUUGUCCUGUGGUUUGUUAGGAGCAGUACGGGCGCUCCUCCCAGCCCAGCCUAGACUACCUGCACCACCGCCGUAAGGAGCUGAUGGCCCAGCUGGAGGAGAGGAAGGUCAUCUCUCCCCCACCCUUCGCUGCUUCGCCCACCCUCCCUCACACCUUCCCCAGCGACUACCCCCAAGAGGUGAGGACCCACACACACCGUAUGUCAUUCAGGGUCAACACACAAGAGUCAGUUUUGCCUGGUCCAGUAACAAACUGUUAAGUGACAAGUGUUGGCCUUCAAAGCUCCCCACUGGGAGUUUUAAUGUCAUGCCAUUAUCUAAUUGGGAAGUGAAACUACUGUCUAUUUAUAACAGUUUAAAAACAGGGCUUCUGAUGCUGUUAGCGAUGACCCUGUUUCAGUAAAAUUCGAACUUUUAUAUUAUUCCGCCCUGUAUACACUUUUCUAAAAUGCCUAUGUUUUAGCACGUUUAAAUGCUGUUUCCUAGUUAGCAUGGGUAUACAAGUAACUUGCUAACACACCUGUGUCUGUCUCCACAGUAUGGGGAGGAGAGCUCCAAAGCCUUUGGGAAGUACAGGGAGCCGGACUACGCGGGCCAGUACUCUCCCUGGUCCUGUGACACCAUCGUCUCCUACAUCGGCACCAAGGACUCCAAGCCCAAAGACGUCAUGGCGCCCGGCGCCAUGGAGAUGAUGGUGAGUGACAGGUGGAAUAGUGCCGGUGGGUCUUAGUGAGACGGUAUGUGUCUGAAAGUGUUACUGGUUCAGAUGUCACAGGAACAAUGUUGUGCUUGAGGAGGAUUUUAGCAGUCAGUUACAUGAGCUCUAUUGUUCCUCGUCUCUUCCUCUCUUUUCAUCUCUUAUUUCUUCACCUUUCUCUCCCCUAUUACUUAUUGUCCUUCGCUUUGGUUGAGAGCGUCUGUUAAAUGGCUAAAUUGUUCAUUGCCCCUCUGCCUUUUGCUCUCAUUUUCCUCUCUUCUUCCCCAGCUUUCUCCCUCUCCAUUGUUAAUGGUUGUAUUUCACUCUGGAUGAGAGCGUCUGUUAAAUGGCUAAAUUGUUCAUUGCCCCUCUGCCUUUUGCUCUCAUUUUCCUCUCUUCUUCCCCAGCUUUCUCCCUCUCCAUUGUUAAUGGUUGUAUUUCACUCUGGAUGAGAGCGUCUGUUAAAUGGCUACAUUUUAGAAUGUGCCCCUGUGCUCUAACCGUCUCUCUCAACCCUCCCUUUUAUUUAUUUCUCUACCUCAUCUGUUUGUAGAAUGACUCUCUGUUAAAUUAAGGGCCUGUUACUGACUAAAUAAGGGGCCUGCUAAAUGAUCGUUGUAAAUUGUCCCCUCUUCCCCCCUCUGUCUUUAGAAUGUGGACGGUAAAGGUAGGCGGGGGGAGCCCUCCAUGGAGGCCCAGGUCAGGCGGGGGACGGAGGUGAAGGACGACGACCCCAUCAUCCCCUUCGGCCCCCAGCCCACUGUGUCGCGCUUCGGGGCCAUCUCACGCACCUCCAAGACAGGCUACCAGACGACAGGCCCCAUGCAGGCCUCCGCCCAGGGACACAACCCCAAGCACAUGGCCAUAGCCGGUAAGGUUACUCGCACUUUCAACUUUACUUUGGCAAUUCACUGUCAACACCUUCAUCAGGGUCGUGUUCAUUAAGCACCAAACAGAAGGAAACAGGGAUAGACUACCUGGACUUAAAGGGAUAGUUCACCCAAAUUACAAUAUGACAUAUUGGUUUCCUAACCCUGUAAGCAGUCUAUGGACAAGGUAUGACCGCCAGCCAUGCUUUGGUUUUAUUUACCUGGCACUGUUUCCAAAUGCUAACAUUUUAGCAUUUGUGGCACAAAUCCUAUUCAUGUCAUGGACCGAUAUUAGCAUUUUUCGCACAUCAUGUCCAAAUCAUCCGAAAGUCUCAUUGUCUGUGAAGCUCAUCAGUCACUUAUAAAAUGAUUUGAACAUGAUGCAUAAAAAAUUGUAUUAUCGGUCCCAUGACUUUAAUGGGACUUGUGCCAGGUAACCUAAACCAAAGCAUGGAUUGCUGGCAUACCCUGUCCAUAGGCUGCUAACAGGUUAAGGACACAAGUCAUUUUGUAAUGUGGGUGACCUAUCCCUUUAAAGAACACUUAAUUUCGCUUUCAGUUGCAAAAUGUUUUCCGUUGCGUGCCUCAAUGGAUAGGACCCAGAGUUUAACCAUGUUUCUAAGACAUGAUUGGUGGUUAACGUGUCGUUGUCCCGCCAACAGCGGAGUACUCCUAUGGGAACCACGGAGGCUGGGGCGGAGCCUCCUACCCCUCCCACCAGACUGGCUCCUCCUCUCAGGGACACUUCAGUGAAAGGUACGGCAAACACUCCUCUCAUCCAUCCAUCCAUUUAUCCAUCUUCUCAUCAAUCACUCAAUCACUCAUUCACUCCUUCCAUCUAUUAAUGCAUAUUUAUCAGUAAUACUGAUGGUUCUCUUCUCUCUCUCAGGCUGCCUAUGCCAACUCAGGACAGAGAGCAGCUGAAGACUGAGCUCCAACAGGUCAACCAGCAGAUCAACCAACAGUCCCAGAUCCACGGCAUGGAGGUAUGUAUACACACACAGACACACACACAGAGAUGGGACAAACGCUUGUAAUACUCAUAUGUAGACACCCUCAACCAGAAUCCAGGACUGGCAACAUCAUUUUGUAUUGAAAUCAAUUGAGGCAAAAACCUAGAUUUUUUUUGGGUGCGGGGCAUCGGAGCUUGUAAGUAAUGGUAGAGAAGGGGUUAAUAGUAGGAAAAAGACUGACCUUACUAACCCUUGACUCCCUCCUUUUCUUCCACCAGCUCUCCCAGCCAGGUCAGAACCAGGGCCAGCAGGGGGGGAAGUGGCCUGGUUCCAGCAGCGCUGCCUCAGUGUCCAGCGAACAGCUCAGCAUGGAGCUCCACCAGGUGGAGAGGGAGAUCGGCAAGAGGACCCGCGAGAUAGCCAUGGUGAGGGAGAGGGGGAUGGAUGGAUGGAUGAGGGGAGAAUAGUAGGUUGUCUGUAUUACAAUGGGGAAUCAUUCUGCUCUGCUCCCAACGCCCUAAAGAGUUAUUUCUAGCCUUAUGUGCACCUUGUCGUGUGGUAUUAUGGCUGGUUUGUGUUCAUGUAUUUGUAUUUAUUAUGGAUCCCCAUUAGCUGCUGCCAAGGCAGCAGCUACUCUUCCUGGGGUCCAGCAACAUUAAGGCAGUUAUACAAUUUUAAAAACAUAACAAUACAUUCACAACAGAUUUCACAGCACAGACACCUGCCCCAUGACAUGUGAGUUGACAGUAGUGCUGUUGUGGUGACCGUAUUACCGCAAAACACCGGCGGUCACGAGUCAUGAAGGCAGUCAAAUUCCACUUGACGUUUAGUCACGGUAAUUAGGCUUCUCCAAGCUCUGAUGCUGCUGAUGGUCAUUAGUAGCCUACCAAACUUGCUAACUGCCUGGUACUCAGCACUCUAUUGUCCCUCUAAUCACUCUGACAUCAAUGUAAAUGUAAUCGAAAAUCGAAUCAAUCACUUCAUGAGAGCCCAUGAGCUCAUGUUGCACAACAUUUCUAUAGGCUAUACAAUUGCGGGAGAAAACAGUGAUGGCCUCUACUAAAAAGAGGAGGAUCCCGUCAGCUUUCUAUAGGCUAGGCCUACUAUAUUUAUUUCUCAACUUUCCUAAUAUUAAGCACAUUGCUUCUCUUUACAACAGGAGUAUAGCCUACCUGGCUGGCAUGAAAAUAAACCACGGGAAAGCGUCCUCCAUUCGCUAUGUCAUGUAUUUUUUCCUGCUGCCCCUGUUUCGAGACAGGUGCAUGAUAAUGGUCUAUUCUAAAGCAAAACAAAUUUCACACAUAUAUUAUUUAGUAUAUGUAAAGACAAGAUUAAAUCAAGAAUAGUCUGAUGGGUGACAAUAUUAGCCUAUCACUUGUGAAUUAUAUAUUAUCACUUGUGAAUAAUGCCCAGCAUAAGAAACAGCGCCUUAAAAAAAAAAUAUAUAUAUUCUAAUCAUAGUCGCACACCUCAUGUAGCCUAGCCCAUAGGCCUAUAUGUUUUGCUAAGAUUUGUAUCACAACUAAAGUGGCCAAAUAACUUCUUAAAAUUAAGCACAUUAAUCUGCUUUACAAGGGGUGUAGAGCCUAACUGGCAUACAUAUGCAGCAUGUGAGUUUCAAGUUUGGGGAAGAUAAUUUUCACCUUAAAAAUGCACCUUUAUAAUAAAAGCAUUACAUGCAUAAUUACAUUUGCGGUCACUUUUGAUAAUGGUGUUUUCCCGCUAAUGGAACAUUCGCGCUUAUAGCCUACUGCCGUGUGUGCAUUGCUGCGCUUAUAAUGUGAAGAAAUACCCUAAUAGUUUAUCAACAUUUUAAACUAAAUGUUCUGAUCUGUUGCGCCAGCCAGAUUGUAUAAAAAAGGUUUUUUGAUGCUAGUGGGUGUAUUAAUUUGGGAUCUUUCGCAUCCCACAACUGUCCCAGACUAUGUUUGGAAUAUUUAUUUCUCCCACAGAAUAGAAUAGGUUGACUUUUGUACUAUGGGGGAUAGUAAAUUAACAUAGGCUAGUGCUUUUGCUGUUCAUUAGGCCUACUCAUCUUGUUGGCUGACGAAAGGUAAAUAUGGACAGUUCUUCCAAUAUCUUCAAUAUGCACUUCGGAAUUGGAUAAGGACGUGCGCAGUUGCAUCCUCGAUGUGUCUGUCUUCACUUGUAGCCUGUGACAAAGACCUGAUCACGUGAUGGAGAGCCAUGUGAGUGAGAGGUGCUUCGGAGCGCUCAGCACUCAGGGAGAAGGGCACAACGGCCACUGGCCGCAAUAGGCAUGGAUUUCUUUAGGGGGCAUUACGGCCACACAAAGGUGAUACCGCCGUGAAAUUCUAGGCAUUAUCAAGUGCUUGUCAAAUUGUGAAUGAGAGACUAAUGAAGUGUGUACAGCCUGCACAAAAAACUAAGCAGAGCUCAUGCCUUUCAAGUGACUUUUUUCAAAUCAUCAUUAGUCACAUCAUGCAGCCUUACAAUUUAAUACAAUGUAUUAAAAAUCUAAACAUAUAGCCCAACGUUUGUAAAACAACUAAAGUUACAUUAAUAACUCUAAAUUAAGCAGUCUAAACUACCAGUCAAAAGUUUGGACACACCUACUCAUUCAAGGGUUUUUCUUUAUUUUUACUAUUUUAUACGUUGUAGAAUAAUAGUGAAGACGACAGAACUAUGAAAUAACACAUAUGGAAUCAUGUAGUAACCAAAAAAGUGUUUAAAAAAUCUAAAUAUAUUUUAUAUUUGAGAUUCUUUAAAUAGCCACCCUUUGCCUUGAUGACAGCUUUGUAAACUCUUGACAUUCUCUCAACCAGCUUCAUGAGAUAAUCACCUGGAAUGCAUUUCAAUUUACAGGUAUGCCUUCUUAAAGGUUAAUUUGUGGAAUUCCCACAUAUGCUAAGCACGUGUUGGCUGCUUUUCCUUCACUCUGUGGUCCGACUCAUCCCAAACCAUCUCAGUUUGGUUGAGGUCGGGGUAUUGUGGAGGCCAGGUCAUCUGAUGCAGCACUCCAUCACUCUCCUCCUUGGUAAAAUAGCCCUUACACAGCCUGGAGGUGUGUUUUGGGUCAUUGUCCUGUUGAAAAACAAAUGAUAGUCCCACUAAGCCCAAACCAGAUGGGAUGGCGUAUCGCUGCAGAAUGCUGUGGUAGCCAUGCUGGUUAAGUGUGCCUUGAAUUCUAAAAAAAAUCAGUGUCACCAGCAAAGCACCCCCACACCAUAACACCACCUCCUCCAUGUUUUACGGUGGGAAAUACACAUGCGGAGAUCAUCCGUUCGCCCACACCGUGUCUCACAAAGACGGCGGUUGGAACCAAAAAUCUCAAAUUUCGACUCCAGACCAAAGGACACAUUUCCACCGGUCUAAUGUCCAUUGCUCGUGUUUCUUGGCCCAAGCAAGUCUCUUCUUAUUAUUGGUGUCCUUUUGUAUUUGCAGCAAUUCGACCAUGAAGGCCUGAUUCACGCAGUCUCUUCUGAACAGUUGAUGUUGAGAUGUCUGUUACUUGAACUCUGUGAAGCAUGGUACCUGGUAACUCUAUUGAACUUAUCCUCUGCAGCAGAGGUAACUCUGGGUCUUCCAUUCAAAUCAAAUUAAAUGUUAUUUGUCACAUACACCUGUUUAGCAGAUGUUAUUGCGGGUGUAGUGAAAUGCUUGUGCUUCUAGCUCCGACAGUGCAGUAAUAUCUAACAAGUAAUAUCUAACAAUUUCACAACAUAUACCCAAUAGACACAAAUCUAGUAAGGAAUGGAAUUUAAGAAUAUAUACAUACAGUGGGGAGAACAAGUAUUUGAUACACUGCCGAUUUUGCAAGUUUUCCUACUUACAAAGCAUGUAGAGGUCUGUAAUUUUUAUCAUAGGUACACUUCAACUGUGAGAGACGGAAUCUAAAACAAAAAUCCAGAAAAUCACAUUGUAUGAUUUUUAAGUAAUUCAUUUGCUUUUUAUUGCAUGACAUAAGUAUUUGAUCACCUACCAAACAGUAAGAAUUCCGGCUCUCACAGACCUGUUAGUUUUUCUUUAAGAAGCCCUCCUGUUCUCCACUCAUUGUAUACAUUCUUUCACCUCUACAUGCUUUGUAAGUAGGGAAACCUGCAAAAUCGGGAGUGUAUCAAGUACUUGUUCUCCCCACUGUAUAUGGACAAGCAAUGACAGAGCGGCAUGGACUAAGAUACAGUAGAAUAUUAUAGAAUACAGUAUAUACAUAUGAGAUGAGUAGUACAAGAUAUGUAAACAUUAUUAAAGUGACUGGUGUUCCAUUUCUUAAAGUGGCCAGUGAUUUCAAUAGGCAGCAGCAGCCUCUAAUGUGCUAGUGAUGGCUGUUUAACAGUCUGAUGGCCUUGAGAUAGAAGCUGUUUUUCAUUCUCUCGGUCCCAGCUUUAUGCACCUGUACUGACCUCGCCUUCUGGACGAUAGCGGGGUCAACAGGCAGCGGCUCGGGUGGUUCCUGUGGCGGUCCUCAUGAGAGCCAGUUUCAUCAUAGCGCUUGAUGGAUUUUGCAACUGCGCUUGAAGAAACUUUAAAAGUUCUUGAAAUGUUCCGUAUUGACUGACCUUCAUGUCUUAAAGUAAUGAUGGACUGUCGUUUCUCUUCGCUUAUUUGAGCUGUUCUUGCCAUAAUAUGGACUUGGUCUUUUACCAAAUAGGGCUAUCUUCAGUAUACCCCCCUACCUUGUCACAACACAACUGAUUGUCUCAAACGCAUUAAGAAGGAAAGAAAUUCCACAAAUUAACCUUUAAGAAGGCACACCUGUUAAUUGAAGUACAUUCCAGGUGACUACCUCAUGAAGCUGGUUGAGAGAAUGCCAAGAGUGUGCAAAGUUGUCAUCAAGGCAAAGGGUGGCUAUUUGAAGAAUCUCAAAAAUAUAAAUUUCUUUAACACUUUUUUGGUUACUACAUGAUUCCAUAUGUGUUAUUUAAUAGUUUUGAUGUCUUCACUAUUAUUCUACAAUGUAGAAAAUAGUAAAAAUAAAGAAAAACCCUUGAAUGAGUAGGUGUUCUAAAACUUUUGACCGGUAGUGUAUUUCUUUGUGAACCGCUCAACACAGAAUAGCUGCGUGUGCACAGAAAAUAUCCUUUCUAUUUUAUUCAGCUUUGUUCAAUUGUAUUCUUCAUACUAUAAAAUAAUGCCACGGAAUUCUAAGCACAUUUUGUCUGCUAAAUAAACUAGUGUAGCCCAAAGCCAUUUGGCAUAGCCAGAUCAGGACCUGACAUAAGGACAACUCAGAGUAUGCUAUUCUGUUCUUCUGAAAUGGACUACAUGUUCUUCAUAUCAUGCUUCUUUAGACCCGUUUAAAAUAAAUAAUGAUGCAGACCUUUAUUGUGAAGGUGUAGGCUAUAUUACAUGGAUUUAUUAGACUUUUUAAAAUGUAGAUGUUCCAAAGGUCUGCAUCAGUGGCUUGUAGGCUAUGUGUGGAAGCCAGGAGAUGCUAAAUGUGUUUAUGUUAAUUAACGGUCAAUUACCGUGAGACCGACAGUUAUUUGCUUGACAAUCACCGGCUGAUGAAAUUUCGUGACCGACACAGCCCUAGUUGACAGUGUAUUGAUGUGGUCUCAACAGGACAGCCAGGUGCCUCAUGAGGUCCAGUACAAGAAGAAGACUGCUGAGAAUGGCCAGCAGGACCACAAGGCCCAGCUGGAGGAAAUUGCGCUGGCCCUG